AUGGUGGACAACGUGAAGGUGAACUACCAAUCGGAGGUUUACGAUGGCACCGGUGGUACUAAAUACGUGCUGAACCACCUCGUCGACACACCGGCUGACGAGACACUCCAAGGGCAGGGAGCGGAAGGCGAGCUGUCCUUCAACCGCUACUGCCCACACUGCAACCUGAACUUUGACGAUAAAGUGGAAUACGAGCACCACAACGUCGAAAUGCACGCUCAGAAGAAGAAUCUCGCGUGCGGCUUCUGCGAGACGGUGUUCCGACGCCAGGACCACCUGAAACGGCACAUUCAAAGCCUGCACACGAAUGUUAAGUACUACCACUGUCCCGUAUGCGACAAGGACUGCAAGCGGCAAGACAUGAUGCUGAGGCACAUCAAAAAGAAACACGGCACCGAAACCGAGGUGUUCCGCUGUAGAGAAUGCCCCUACCAGUGCAACACCCUCUCCAACCUGGAGAAGCACGAGUACACACAUCUCGUGACUGAGAGGCACACAUGCCCGCAUUGUAAAACUACCUUCAAACGGCGCGACCACAUGGUUCGGCACAUCAAGUCACAGCACUUGAACCAACUCGUUGUCUGCCCUAUAUGCCAGCAGACGUACAAGAGGAGGGACCAUGUGGUCAGGCAUGUGCGGGAGAAGCACAAGAUGGGCUAUUUGAAUGGAAAACUAGUGAAGUCGGCGGAUAUAAUU